AUGCCCCCUCCGGCAAUGGCGCUCCGGCAACUCAUCGCGUGCGUCCUGUGCAUGUUCCUCCUCCUGGCCGUCGCCGCCGCUGCCGGCCCAAGCCCCCUGCAGCCUCAGGACCUUGUCGGCCGCGUCCACACGGGCUGCGCCAACACGCUGAAUGUGGUGCCGUGGGACUGCGCGGACCAGUUCAUCCGGGCCAUCCUCAGCCGCCGCACGGCGGAUACAAUCCCCGUCACCUACGACUGCUGCGCCAAGCUCGCCUGCGUUCGCGAGGGGCCGUGCGUAGACCUGCUCCGCAGGGUCUGCUUGCCCCCUCAUAGGGGCUACUGCCAGUAG